AUGUCUGGAGAAAGGUCCAAUAUCUCGCUACGCAGCGGAGGGAACAGAAGGGGCCGGCCGUCCAUAAAAAUCUCAGGGCCCAUCCUUCAGGAAGGAGGUGCAGGCCAGCGCGGCCCGCCAGGACGUCCUACAGCUGGUGAUGUUGCCCCGCCGCGUCCACGGCCACCACCCCAGAGUAGUACAACGACUUCGGAUCUCGUCAAACGUCGCUACUCGACGCGCUUCAACAACUUGCCAGCGGAUUUCGAUCCGACCGUGAACCCCGUUCCCGCGCUCCCCAGCCUUGAACGAUAUGAACAAGCACAAACACAAGAACGCCGGCCGCCCCCAUCGAGAGGUGGACGAAGCGACGCGGGAGGUGGAGGAGUGGCUCCGCAGGUGGACAUUCGGUCGCUCCGGAACCCGGAUCUUAUCCCCGAGCAGUAUGUUGCCGAUAUUCUAAGCGAAGCCACUGAGGACGAGAUUCGCGAAUACGAAUUGGCGCUGCGGAAACUCAAGCGUCGUGCAUCGACCGAUCUCCAGCAAAGCGUUUAUCAGAACCGCACGCAGUUCAUCAAGAUUAGCAAGGAGGCCGAGAAACUCAAGAGUGAGAUGCGCAGCUUGCGCAACUUGAUGUUCGAACUGAAGACCAACACCACCGCUUUGCGAUCAGGGUCAAACACGGUGGAAGAAGCAGGCUUUGGGGGGGGUCAGAUCGGGGGCGGGAUGAGCAGGCGGGACAAGCGGAGCUCCGUGGCCGAUAGAACCGCGCUCUGGAGCUCCCAGAUGCAGGCUCUGUACAAAAACGUCGAGGGCUCGCAAAAGUUUUUGCCCAACACAGCCGGUCGCCAUGUUGUUCAGAACGCCGGGCCGUGGGUCGAGCUCGACAACGCCACGUAUCGGUCCCGACGUGCCAUGCAAAUCUUCCUACUCAAUGACCACCUACUGAUCGCGUCGCGGAAGAAGCGUAAGGCGGAUGCACCAAUGCCGGCCGAUGGUCGUGCUCCUAUGACAAAACUUGUUGCCGAUCGCUGCUGGCAUCUCUUAGAUGUGGAGGUCGUGGACAUGGCUGGGUCAAGCGAUUCGUCGUCUAGUGGUCGGAACAAACUCGCCGAUGCCGUUAUGGUUAGGGGAGGUGGGCAAAAUGAAUCCUUUAUCUACCGGACCGAAAAGUCUGGGGGCCCGGAAAAGGGAGCGCUCAUGCUGAACAUCCGGAAGCGGGUUGAAGAGCUUCGGCGGAAUAUCCAAUCCGAGCGGGAGGCAAAUAACAAGGCCAAGGAAACUAUCAACUAUUUUGCCUCGCGCGAUCCAGGCCUGUUACAAAAAACCGAGCUACUUGAGACCCUGUCCGACAUUAAGGACAUGCUGAUCGAGGUCGACGGAAAACAGCAAAAUCUGCGCUGGGUGGAAGGCCAGAUGGACGAACUCGACAUCCACAUUGCCCUGCAGCAGAUCGAGCCGUCAGUGGCCAUGAUUGAGAAGCUCAAGCUCUUAGCGUACGGCUUGAAAAAUAACGCCAUUGCGCAAGAUUUUAUCUCGUUCAAGGUCGAUGAGCGCCGGGCAAAGUUAGCGACGUUGAUUGUUAGGGAGCUCGUCAGCAGUCAUAACCAGCAGAAGAAGACGAAGCAAAAUGUGUCCUGGCUGACGAGGUUGGGAAUGGAGGAUAGGGCGCGGGAGGCUUAUCUUGCGGCCAGAAGCGAGACGAUUCAAAAACGCUCAAGGCAAUGCAUCUUCCAAGGCAAUCUUGAUCAAUACAUCUGGGAGAUCUCCUUCGUCUACUUCACCAUCAUCCGCAACACUUUCAGUUGCUUCCAGGCCUGCUUCCCGCCGCCCAUGAUGAGCGCCUGUGUCAAGUGGGCCAAGGAGGAGGUAGACGCCUUCAACGCCAUUCUCUCACGGCAAUUGAGUGGCGAGAAAGAGGGCGGGGAGGCGUGGAAGAGGUGUAUGGACACUGCCAAAGACCACGCUGGUAUGCUUUCCGAGGUUGGCCUGGAUUUUCGAAACCUCGUCGGCCAGAACGUGAAAACGGCCUCGGAAACACCGGCGAACAACGGUCCGGCAGGGUUGGGAUCCAUUGCCGGAAUGGAUACAAACAUGGAGGACGUCCAGGUUGGACGCGUGCCGAUCGAGCUAGCUCCCUCCAACGUCGAACCCACCACGAUCCCGACUCUUGAUGGCUGGAUUGAGAGUUUGAUGCAGUGCAAGCAGCUAGCCGAGGUGGAUGUACAGAGGUUGUGCGAGAAGGCACGUGAGGUGUUGCAAGAAGAGUCCAAUGUACAACCGGUCAAAUGCCCUGUCACCGUGUGCGGAGACAUUCACGGCCAAUUUCACGACUUGAUGGAACUCUUCAAGAUUGGCGGGCCCAACCCGGACACCAAUUAUCUUUUCAUGGGGGAUUAUGUCGAUCGGGGAUACUACUCGGUCGAGACUGUCACCCUGCUUGUGGCCCUGAAGAUCCGAUACCCGUUGCGCAUCACCAUCCUGCGCGGCAACCAUGAAUCGCGCCAGAUCACUCAGGUGUACGGGUUCUAUGACGAGUGCCUGCGCAAGUAUGGAAACGCCAACGUGUGGAAGUAUUUUACCGACCUCUUCGACUACCUUCCUCUCACUGCUUUGAUCGACAACCAGAUCUUUUGCCUGCACGGCGGCCUGUCGCCGAGCAUUGAUACCCUCGAUAACAUCCGGGCCUUGGACCGGGUCCAGGAGGUGCCUCACGAAGGCCCGAUGUGUGAUCUCCUGUGGUCCGACCCCGACGACCGGUGCGGCUGGGGCAUUUCUCCCCGUGGUGCCGGGUACACAUUCGGCCAGGACAUAUCAGAGGCUUUCAAUCAUAACAACGGACUGACCUUGAUUGCCCGGGCGCAUCAGCUGGUGAUGGAGGGGUACAACUGGUCCCAGGACCGGAAUGUGGUGACCAUUUUCUCGGCCCCCAACUAUUGCUACAGGUGUGGUAACCAGGCAGCGAUAAUGGAAAUUGAUGAGCACUUGAAAUACACGUUCUUGCAGUUUGACCCGUGCCCGAGAGCAGGCGAGCCUAUGGUCUCUAGGCGGACGCCCGACUACUUCUUGUAA